CCGAGCGCGUGACGUCACAACGACGUACACCUACAAUGGCAGCCGCUCGGGACAGUGACAUCUCGCUGUGGCUUCAUAACAAACUCGGAACCUCCGCGGAUACGUGGUCUGAAGGCUCUAUAUGUUCGCAGCUGAACGUUGAAGUACUCAGGAACAUUAAGGAAUGCUUUGUUGAGCUGCAGACGCAAGUGAAGCUGAAAUUAUUGCUGUCUUUCUUCCACAUCCCGAAGCGCAAUGUUGAAGAGUGGCGCACAGAGCUUGAGGAAAUCCUGGAGGUGGCGGUGGUUGACAGUGAAGCCUGGGUAGCCAUGUUGGCGGAGAUUAUGAGGACCUGUCCAUCCACAGGUCACUUGAAUCUUGAUAUCAGAGAACCUCCAGAGAACCAGCGUAUCACACAUGACUUAAUUACAGAAUUACGUAAGCUGGUGAAAAAAUAUAGUGAACUUGGCCUGCUGCCAAUGGAAUGUAACUACCUCAAUAGAAAUGCCUUUCUAGCAGCAGCGGGCAGUCAGGCUCCUCAUACAAAGCACUUCGCACUGAAGCGUAAGCCAAAAGCAGCUGCCCUCCGAGCAGAUUUGAUAAGUCGGUCAUCAGAUGCUCAGGCUAAUGUUAAAAAGAGCCAGCUACCUACAGUGCCUGUACGCUCCAGAGGAAUGCCACGGAAGAUGACUGAUACCACGCCUCUGAAGGGCAUACCAAGUCGUCUCCCUGGCUCAGGGUUAAGAGGGUCUGGUCUUGGGUCCACUCCCGUCUCGCGACCUUUAGUGCGGCCCAGUGUCACUCGCAAGGACGGAGGUAUCAAGCUCUUGGACAUAACAGAGUCGCCCAUUGCUGCUCAACAGGCCAAGAAAAGACGAAAGUUACAGGAUACUGCAGAUGCAAAAGCGGCUGAAGCUGAAGAGAAACGUAGAGAACAACAGCAGCAGGGAGAUGGGAAGCAGGCAGCGCAGCAGCAACAGCAGCAGCAACAGCAACAACAACCUACCACUCCAGAAUAUGCUGCAGGCUUGGCUCCUGCCAACCCAGAAACUCCAAGUCCAGCCACGCCAUCUACUCCUCUGCUCUCGGCUUCUGCUGGAGGGGCUUCAACAUUGCAUACAAAUGCUGUGGCAGUGGGAACUAUAGCAGCAAGGUCAACGCUUCAGCAGACCUCAACUUCUACAGGUCGUGCUACUCCAACUCUACCUGCCACCCCAUCUGGUGGAACAACACCUCAACGGAUCAUUGUUACUCCAAGUACUCAGGCUGCGGGUUCACCAACCGUUGUUUACCGAACAGUUUCCCACACCCCUGUUUAUACAACAACUGAAGUCAUACAGGCUUCAACAGACAGUGUUUCACCAACAACUAGAGAGGGAACACCUAAUGGCCAGCCUCAAUAUGCCACAUUACAGCCUGUGCAACCAGACCUUGUUUACACCACAACACCAUUAACAACAGCUGCUCUGGCAGCUGCUGCUACACCAACAACUCAGCAACAACAACAGCCUGCACAGCAACAGCAGCAGCAACAGCAACCACAACAGCAACAGGCACCACAGCAGCAGCAGCAGCAGGCACCACAAGUUAUUACAGUUGCAGCAGCAGCAGCAACUCAGCAAGAAAAUGCACAGCCCCAACAAGUGCCUAUCAAUCAAACAGCAGUUACAACUCAGCAAGGAAGGUUGCUGUCUCUUACUCGGGAACAAAUGUUGGAGGCCCAAGAGAUGUUCCGUUCAAGCAACAAAGUUACGCGACCAGAGAAGGCCCUUAUUCUUGGAUUCAUGGCUGGAUCUCGAGAAAAUCCUUGUCCUCAUCUGGGUAACAUUGUGACCAUCAAGCUGAGUGAGGGAGAGGAGACGGUUCCACAGCCAGAGGGCACCUUCAUUAACAUGAUGGCUGAGACACACUUCCAAAUGAACUACAACACAGGAGAAUGGAAGAGGAUAAAGAAGUACAGACCCUUGCCAGUAGAGUGAAGAGCAGACACAGACCUUUAGUAUUGACCAAAGUCCAUUUAGUAGUCAGGCUUUAGCACAGAAACCAUGAUCCUUAAGAUUAAAUAAAUGUUAAUCUAUUGUUAUGAGUGAGUGACUUGUUAUAUAACAAAGGGACUUGUUAUUAUUGAUAAGUAAAUGUUGGUUUAGCACUGAUAUUUUAAUGGUCUGUAAACACACUAUAGAUGGUAGAUGAAAGUGCUUGCAAUUUGGUUGAAGAAUGAGCAAAUUAUGUUGAUCAAUUGAUAGUUAAAGGGUGUGCAAUAGAUAGGAAUGUUUAAGAGAAUUGCAUUAACAAAUGUCAAAAUGUCUGCCAUAAAUAUUGCUGUUGUAAUAUGGUGAGAUAUUGCAAAAUGAAGAAUAUUUAACAUUAACAAGAGUUAACAAGGAUCAGCCAUUUUAAAUGAUGUAAGGAAAUUACAGGAACAUGAUGUUGGAGAAGCUUGCUGUUGUCAAUAAAUGACAAGUGCCAGACUGCAGCUUGUUCUAUUACUGUGAUAAUGAGUAUAUAUUGAGUCAUUGUCCACUGUAAUAUAGAAUUUUCAGUUCAGUCAGAGGGAAAGGACCACUCACUUCUAAGUUUGUUAUUAUUUCUGCCACAGUUAUGAGUGUAAAUGUACAUAUAGUCCUUCAUAUUGGAGAAUUAUAACUUUUAGCACUUGGCUUUUUUUCUUGAUAGAAUUGGAAAUAUGUUUGGCCAUGCAUGACAUGCUGGGUUAUGACAGCAGGAGUCUGUGGCCGACCCCACAUGAGGGACUUGUCUUGAAAGGUCUUCCUCAGCUGUUGUACCUGUAUAACAUAAGAGUUUAGUGUAUAUUAUUAUACCCUAUUCUGAUUCUCUCAGUUCAGUUUUGUAAAUAAGAUUUACUUCUUGUACAGUUUAUUAGAAAUGCAGAAGAAUAUGUCUAGUCCUUGGCGGUGCAAGUUGGUCUCCAUGACUACCCCCAUGUGACUAAUGUUUAAGAUCUCAUUGCCUCCUUGUUUGUGUCACUGUUCCCACCACACCUGCCAACAUAAAUAGUAAUAACACGUAAGAUGCAGAUAUUUUUUGCGGAUGAAAGAUUAGGUAUUGAACCCAACCUUUUUGUUGUUUUUUUAUUUAUUUGCUUUAUUUUGUGUUUGAUUUUUUUUAUUUAUUAAUGUAUUUAUGUUUCCAUUUCUGGUAGUUUCAUAUUCCAACACAUUUUUUAUAGUUAUUUUUUAUGUAAAACUCCCUCACUAUCUCUGUUCAAGAGGUGCAUUACUUGUACCUAGAGAAGCAUAUGUCUUUAAGUUGAUUGCUUCUUGGAAGCAUCUGUGAUAGCAAACAGAUAUAUUUUUCUUUUGUAUAUAAGCCUCUCCUGGUGUAUGGCUCUAUUCAGUAAAAGCAUGAUAAUA